AUGUCCGACUUCUUCUCUCUAACUCACAAGUUCCGCGCCAACCUCGACGGCCAACAGGCUGGAGUCGACGCCAAGUUGAGGAGGCGCAAUCGGCAGCCUCUCUCGUGCGCGCCCUGUCGACUGAAGAAGCUGAGAUGCGACAGAGGACAUCCAUGCGAGACGUGUGUCAAACGGGCCAACCAAGCCAACUGCACAUAUGGCAAACUCGCUCCCGCGAGGGCUUCCGAUGCCGCGGCCAGGAGCGCGAAACGAGGACGAGCUCAAGAGCGGCUCGGACGCCUGGAACAACUUGUCAUGCAGAUGGUUGACACCUCAAACGGCUCGAAGCCUGAUCACGAGUCCGACACUGGCACCAGCACCAACUCCUCAAGCGACAACGACGCGACGGCGAUCAGGACCGGGAUUGCAAAGGACGGCCAUCUACAGUAUGGGUCCGCCGAGUCUCGCUACGUCGGGUCAACCCACUGGUCUGCUAUACUGGAAAGCCUCCAGGAACUCAAGUCUGCGCUCGCCGGCACUACCACCGCCGCAGGAGACCAGGCUCCUGGCGCCGAGCUGGAUGAGCCCGACGAUGUCGAACCGCAGGAUACGGACAGUCUCUUCGGCCCAGCCAGCCACGUCUCUAUCGCCCAGGUCCUGGCUCAAGCCCUUCCGCCGCGAUUACAGGUCGAUCGGCGCCUUUCCACCUACUUCAACAGCCGCUAUCUCGUCAUACCGUUGAUCCACACGCAACAGUUUCAACGGCAAUACGAACAGUUCUGGCGGACACCGCUCGAGACCCCGCCUCUCUGGAUCUCCAUCCUGUUUUCCAUCUGCUGCUUGUCCGCCAGCCUGUCCGAGGUCGUUGGCUCCGAGCCGACGACGCCGGAGGAUCAGCUCAGUCCACGUGUGAGCUUCCUGCAUGCGGCGUGCCAAUGUCUUCGGCUCGGCGGCUUCACGCGACCGAAGCGCUUCGUCGUCGAAGCUCUCGGCCUGUAUGCUCUAUGCAAGUAUGUGUCAACGCUGGACCCAUCUGGGGAUGUUGGCGUCAUCUUCUCCAUCGCGGUGCGCCUGGCCUAUCGCUCAGGUUAUCACCGCGAUCCGUCCCAAUUCCCUCAUAUCUCUGUGUUUGACGGUGAAAUGCGACGGAGAACCUGGGCCAUGUGCCGGCAGUUCGAUCUCAUGGUGUCCUUCCAACUGGGCCUGCCGAGUCAAAUCCCGCCCGACAGCUGGGACACGAUGAACCCUGGCAACCUGCUCGACACGGACUUCGACGAGGACACGAAAGUGGCACCGCCGUCCAGGCCCGAAACCGAAGCCACACAGCUCCUGUAUUUCAUCGUCAAGUCGCGCUUGAUGACCACGUUUGGCAAAGUCUGCGCGCACGCGCUUUCCUUUCGCCCCGACAACUAUGCCCAGCAAGUCAUGGAUCUGGACCGAGAAGUCCGCGCCACGUACGCGACGGUGCCGAAUGUGCUGCACAUCAAGCCCAUGUCCCAGUCCUUUGCCGACCCGAGCUACCUCACAAUGGUGCGCACGAACUGCGAGUUUCUGUACCAGAAGUCGCUCCUGGUGUUGCACCGAAAGUACAUGACUCAAGGCACGCACCCGGCGUCGACGCAGGCGUGCACCGACGCCGCCAUCGCCAUCACCAGACACAUGCUCGACUUGCACAAGGAGUUCAAGCCGGGUGGCCAACUAUUCAACGAUAGGUGGAUGCUCGGUUCGUUCACCAUGAACGACUUCUACCUCGCCGGCAUGGUCUUGUGUCUGGCAGUGAGCAUGUGGAAGAAAGCCAAUCCCGGGAUCGACAUCAACGCCGACGAGAAGAUGAGAGAGCAGUACAUUCUACUCAAGGAGUCUUUCGCCAUCUGCGAGGAGUUGAGUCCGACGAGUACCGAAGCGAGACGCGUGGCGGCUGUGUUGCGCCAGGUCCUAGGCGAGAAGAGAGACGAAAUAGCCUCUUCGACGGGAGGAUCUUUUGGUCCAGGCACCGGUCCCGGCACCGGCACGAGCAUCAGCACCAGCACCAGCAGCAGGACUUCCAACCCCUUCGCGCAGCCCGGACAGUUCAUGCCAUCGGCAAUGUUCCCGAUGCAGUACGACUUUAGCUUGGCCUCUCCAACGGUGCCAGACGGACCACGAGGACGAGGACAGGGGCAAGGCGAGGGAUAUGGCCUCCACGAGAACCUAUCCAACUCGUCAGACGCGGUGGACUCGACUUACUUUGCCGCCUCGAACGACAGUACCAGUGCCGGUGUGGGAAAAGACCCCUUCCAGAACCUCAUGCCAGGCAUCAACAACCCUGUGCCCCUCGGCGGGAAUUCAUUCCUGAGCUUCUUUCCCUUCAGCCCGGCGUCCUACGCAGGCGGUGCUGGCUCCAGCGCCACAUCGAAUCCCAUGCCAAAUGCAGCCGCAGCCGCAGCCGCAGCCGCAGUCGCAGCAGCGCCCAAUGCCGCUGAUCCGCAGCCUUUCGACCCCGGUCCGACCAUGGACAUUGACUGGCCUCUCCUCGAUCAAUGGAUGGCCCUCCCCAACACUGUCGACAUGCUCCCCUUCCACGACGGCACAGGCGACCUCACCCAAGCGUCCGCGUCAUCUUCCGGUAUGUUCCCAGAUCAGGAGCAGGACCGACGGAACAGAUUAGGGAACGGGGACGGGAGCAGGAUCCAGAGUGGGAACGGGACACGAAGCUGGAAUGAGAACGACAACGACAACUCUCCCUCCAACGAAAACGGAACCGAAACCGGACCCCUCGAUACCGCAUAUCCGCCUCUCACGGACGCGCAGACAAUGACCACCGCCGCUCAACCACUCACGCAGGCGGCCACAGAGUGGAUGAGCACGCCGUAUCCGUUUUCAGGCAGAGACGCGACAUCGACAUCGACAUCGACAUCGGAAUCGUCUGGGAGUGAUAAGCACCCCAAAGGCGAGACUGGACUGAUGACAGGUCGGCGGAUCAUGAGUUUGGGUUUGAGACGAUGGCCGGGGGACGAUGCCGCACGGACACAGACAGGGGGACGGGAACGAUACUCUGGGUAUUGA